AUGGGAAAUAAUAAUAGCUAAGAAUCCACUAAGCUCGCCUAAUUGUAUUCUGAAUAUCAACCAACCAAAACAAGAGAUGAAUAAUUUGGAGAUUGUACAGUCCUAGUCAAUAAAUCAAAUCCUAAAGUCAAACUUAUUUUGAAAGAGUACACCUACACUGAUGAGACUCUUUUUAAGAAAAAUAAAAAAUAAUUCGAAAAUAAGCAAUAAUUAAUUCAAAAUCAAUACAUUCUCAAAAUUCUUGACAUCUACACUACCCAAGAUCAAUAAGUUUGUAGCCAAUUUUUUAAAAUCUAUGUUUUGAUUGAGCAUCCAAAUUCCCAAUUAUCUGCAACUUAGUUGUCAUCCCAAGAUUAUUGGGCGGUUUUGUUUGGAUAUGUUAGAGCACUAGAAGACUUAUAAAAUAAAUCCAUUUCGCAUGAACAUAUCUCAUCAAAAACCUUAUACUUACCUCCUAAAAUAUGUGAUCCUUCUCUUUAUGAGUAAUCCACGAACUUUUAACAGCUCUUCUAAAAUAAUAAACUCAAUGAUCUAUUUCUAUCACCUUAACAAACUAUGGCUCUAAGAUAAAAGGAAUUUCAACCCCAACAUAACCCUUACAAGAGUGAUGUAUUCACACUUGGAAUGUGCAUGUUAUAGUGUAUUCUAAAAACCCCAAUUGUUGAUUGCUACAAAUAAUUGUAUUUAGUUGAAGAGGUACUACUAACCAAAUUACAUCAAUUAAACACUCUUGUGUAACCCUAAUUAUUUGAGGUCAUCCAAUCUAUGUUAUCAAUCUAAGAAACAUAAAGACCUGAUUUUGUGGUCUUGUCUAAAUUAUUAGACUAAAAAUAUUAGGAAUAAGCAUCAAUUACUAAUUUUAAAUAUUAGCUUAGAUCAUUUAAUCCAUUAGAUUAAUAAUAAUGUUCCAUCUCAUAACAUUCACAACAUCAAUCCAUUGUACAAAAUUAAUAGUAAACUGUUCCAAUCAUGAAAUAAAUCAAAAGUUCGAAAUCUAAUACAAAUGCUAAGAAGCCGUCUCUAAGAGAAAUUAUUACUGAACAAUCAAAUACGAAUUCUACUAUGGCCAGUAGAAUGCAGGAGGAUGUGGUUCAGCCUAACCAACCUGACAAUUCUGACUUUGUUUAAUAGGUCAUUUACUCUUAAUAAAUUUCGAAACCAUCAAAAAUCGAUGAAAAUAUAGACAAUACUGAGAAUGAUGACAAUUUCACUAAUAGAUCAUCAAAUUUACCAUUACAAGAUCACACUGAUCAACAUGUUAAUAAAAACUUUUAGUUAAAGCUUAGCAAUAUUAAUGUGAAAGAAUCCUAAUAACAAUUUUCAAUCCCUUUUGAUCUUCCCCAACAACAACCAUAACCUCAUAUCUCUGGAUUUUCCUCUUAAGGAGAAAUCUUCGUAAAUGAAUAGUACCAAGAUGGUUCUAAAUAUAAUGGUUAUAAAUUCAAUGGGAUGAGACAUGGACAAGGGAUCUUUUAUUAUAAAGAUGGAGGAUAUUAUGAUGGAAACUGGCAGUUUAAUCAUAUGCACGGCUAUGGUACUCUUUAUUAUUCAAAUGGUAAUCCUGCUUAUAAAGGAUCGUGGAAUCAAGAUAAAUUUUAAGGUUAUGGAGUAUUGUAUAAUGAAAUGGCAUCUCAGUUGAAUGAGCCAUUCAAUUAUCAAGAUUUCGAUCAUAUUGAAGAUUUUUGGACCAAAUAUGAAGGAGAAUUUAAUGACGAUAACAAAGAAGGGUAAGGAACACUUUACUUGUCUAAUGGGGAAAAGUUUUGCGGUCAAUUUUUGAAAGAUUAUAUAAAUGGAUUUGGCCUAUUUCAUACAAAGAAUCAAAAGAUUGUAGAAGGAAGAUGGGUUAAUAAUAAAUUAAUUAAGUGA